AUGUUGCAUAAUGUAUUGAUCUGGCUUGAUCUUCUAAGGCAUUACAAUAGGAAGAAUGCAUCUUCUAGAUGCCUCAUGAAAAUUGACCUUAGAAAGGCAUAUGACAUGGUGAGUUGGGAAUUUCUAGAAGAGGCAUUAACUGGGUUUGGUUUCCCUGAUAAGUUCAUACAGUGGAUCAUGAUAUGUGUAUCAACUACCAAAUUUUCAGUUAAGAUUAGUGGUGAAAGACAUGGUUAUUUUGCUGGUAAGAGAGGACUUAGGUGUUUGAAGACAAUGAGUAAUUUGCCUGAUUUUAGAUUUCAUCCAAUGUGUAAAUCCUUGCAGCUAACUCAUCUCAUAUUUGCUGACGACUUGAUGAUAUUCUGUAAAGGAAAUGUGAGCUCAGUAAGUAGAGCCAUGGAGGCUUUGGCUCAUUUUAGUGCAGCUACUGGUUUGGUAGCUAAUAUGGAUAAAUCUAGCAUUUUCUUGGCUGGAGUAGAUGAUAGCACCAGAGAUCAACUAUUGGCAAGAACUGGGUUUACAAGCAUUCUCAAAGAGGUAGACAAGAUAUGCAGAGUUUAUAUGUGGGGCAGAACAGAGGAGAAGCAGAAAGUUGCGCUAGUUUCAUGGGAAAGAAUCUGUUAUCCUAAGAAACAAGGUGGACUAAAUAUUAAAAGUAGUAGAGACUGGAACAUCGCUUCUGUGGGUAAGUUGUUAUGGCAACUGAUCAUGUGUAAAGAAUCACUAUGGGUCAAAUGGGUUUACGGUAUCUAUAUGAAGGACAACAUUAAUAUUUGGGAACACAAACCACCCAUAGAUUGUAGUUGGUAUUGGAAGAAACUUAAUUCACUUAAGGCCAGAAUGCAAGGAUGGUAUGUUCAAGGCAGGUACCACCUUACAGAAAGGGGUGAAUACACCAUUACUAGAAGUUAUUUGGCAAUUGUGGGACAAGAAGUCAGGCUAAGGACAACUGAUUUAAUUUGGACAUCUAUGGCUCAACCUAAGCACAGAUUUCUAGCAUGGUUGGCAGUCCAAGGAAGACUACUUACAAAGGAAAGAAUGCUUAAGCUUCAUAUCCAGGUGGAUGAAGUAAACUGCUGCUUAUCUGCAGCUCAAGUUAUGGAGACAACUGCUCACUUGUUUGUUGAGUGA